GCCCCGGGCGGCGGCCCCCGGCCUCGCGUGGCGGCGCGGCGCGGGCGGCAGCAUGGUGGAGAAGCCGCUGCCCGUUGCAGAGGGACGGCGUGUACCGCUGGUUCUCGGAGCUGCCGUCGCCGCAGCGCGUAGAGUUCCUCUGCGGCCUGCUGGACCUGUGCAUCCCGCUCGAGCUGCGCUUCCUCGGCUCGUGCCUCGAGGACCUGGCCCGCAAGGACUACCACUCGCUGCGCGACUCGGAGAUCAAGGCCAACAACCCGGCCGACCUGGGCAGCCUCACCAACCUGACAGACGAGGUGGUGCGCAGCAAACUGCUCGUGUCGCUGGCGCUGCUGGGCUCGGAGCAGCGCGAGGCGGCGGGCGUGCUCUACCGCACGCUCACGCACAUCGACUCCAUCAUCCACAACUACGGGCUGCAGCUCAACGAGGGCCGCACGGGCGAUGAGUUCCUGCUGCUCUUCACCAUGGCCUCCAACCACCCGGCCUUCAGCUUCCACCAGAAGCAGGUGCUGCGCCAGGAGCUCACGCAGAUCCAGAGCAGCCUGAGCGGCGGCGGCGGCGGCGGCGGCGGGGGCCCCGGGGGCAAGAGCGCGCUGCCCACAUGCCCGGCCUGCCACAAGGUCACUCCCAGGACGGAGACCCCCGUCAGCAGUGUCGGUAACAGUUUGGAGAACGCCCUGCACACAUCCGCGCAUUCCACUGAGGAGUCGCUGCCCAAGAGGCCUGGAGGGAAGCACUCCAGAGUGAGUGUUGAAAAGAUAGACCUGAAGGGAUUAUCACACAAAAAAAAUGAAAGAAAUGUUGAAUGUUCCUUUGAGGUCUUGUGGUCUGAUUCUUCAGUAACAUCAGUAACCAAAUCUUCCUCUGAAGUGACUGAAUUUAUUUCAAAGUUAUCUCAGCUGUGUCCUGAAGAAAAUUUGGAGAAAUUCAUUCCUUGCUUAGCUGGCCCAGAUGCAUUCUAUGUAGAGCGAAACCACAUGGAUCUGGAAGCGGACCUGAGGUAUUUGGCUUCAUUACCUUCUCACAUAUUAAAAAACGACCAUGUUAAGAGAUUUUUCAGCACUUCAUCUCCCACCCAGCAGCUUCAAAGUCCAAGUCCUGGCAACCCUUCCCUGUCUAAAGUCGGUACCAUGAUGGGCGUGUCUGGAAGGCCUGUGUGCGGAGUGGCCGGCAUCCCGUCGUCUCAGGGCGGCGCCCAGCAUCACGGGCAGCACUCGGCCAGCACGUCCGCCUUGCCCCACUGCUCGCACGCGGGGGGUGCAGGCUCAGCUCUGGCCUACCGGACCCCGAUGGACAGCUCGCCCGCUAUCUUGAUGCCUUCCAGCCUGCAGGCCCCGCAGACCCAGGAGCAAAAUGGGAUUUUAGACUGGCUUCGGAAACUGCGUUUGCACAAGUACUACCCCGUCUUUAAACAGCUCACGAUGGAGAAGUUUCUGAGCCUUACGGAAGAAGAUCUAAAUAAAUUUGAAUCCCUCACCAUGGGAGCAAAGAAGAAGCUCAAGACUCAGCUGGAGUUGGAGAAGGAGAAGUCAGAGAAACGGUGCCUGAACCCCUCGGCCCCUCCCCCAGUCAGCAGCAGCGGAGUGGCCCGCGUUCCCCCCACCAGCCACGUGGGGCCUGUGCAGCCGGUGCGAAGCAGCCAUGCUGCAGCGCUGCGGGUGGAGGUGGCGCAGCCCCCGCACCAGACGGCCCGGGAAGGCAGCUCCUCCGAGUGUUCCAGCUCCUCGCCCAGCCCGAUGGGCGUGCAGGCCCGGGAAGAGAGCUCGGACAGCGCGGAGGAGAACGACAGACGUGUGGAGAUCCACUUGGAGGGCUCUGACAAGGAGAAGCCUGUGAUGCUGCUGAACCACUUCACGUCGAGCUCCGCCAGGCCCACGGCGCAGGUCCUGCCCGUGCAGAACGAAGCAGGCUCCAGUCCGUCGGGCCACCACCCGCUGCCCCCGCAGGUGAUGACGGCGGCCUCGCACGUCGCGCCCAUCCGGGUGCUGAACUCCGUGCACAAGGCGGAGAGGGGGGGCGCGGACAUGAAGCUCCUCUCGUCCUCUGUGCACUCGCUGCUGUCUCUCGAGGAGCGCAGUAAAGUCUCUGGACCAAGAAGCGGCAUCAAAGUGGACAAGAACUUUGGCAGCACCAUGAUGGACAUGCUACCCGCGUCCACCCCCCAUCAGCCCAUGCAGGUCCUUUCUGGACUCACCGAGAGCAGCUCUGUGUCGCCCACCGUCUCCUUUGGUCCCCGCACCAAAGUCGUCCACGCGUCCGCCCUCGACAGGGUGAUGAAGCCGGCACAGCAGCCGGCCCUGGUGGUGGAGACCAGCACUGCUGCCGCAGGGACGUCCAGCACCGUCUUCCAUGUGGCUCGGCCACCCAUCAAACUUCUGGUGUCUUCAUCUGUCCCUGCAGAUUCUGCCGUGUCUGGGCAAACCUCCUGUUCCGGCAACGUGCAAAUAAGCGUGCCCCCUGCCAUAAUAAACCCUCGGACUGCUCUGUACACAGCCAACACCAAAGCUGCCUUCUCUGCGAUGAGCAGUGUGCCCGUGGGCCCCCUGCAGGGCAGCUUCUGCGCAAACAGCAACACUGCCUCUGCCGGUAGCCACCCUGCCACGUCCUUUGCAAACAUGGCCACCGUGCCCAGCUGCCCCGCCCCCAGCUCCAGCCCCGCGCUCUCCUCGGUCCCCGAAAGCAGCUUCUAUAGCAGCAGUGGCGGCGGCGGUGGCGGCGGCGGCGGCUCCCCCGGAAACCUCCCCGCCUCGGCCCAGAACCACCACCACCACCACCACCAUCAGCAGCAGCCCGCGCCCCAGCAGCCCGCGCCCGCCCCGCCCCCCGGCUGCGUCGUGUGCACGUCCUGCGGCUGCAGCGGGAGCUGCGGCUCGAGCGGCCUAACUGUCAGCUACGCCAACUACUUCCAGCACCCGUUCUCGGGGCCGUCCGUCUUCCCCUUCCCGUUCCUGCCGUUCAGUCCCAUGUGCGGCAGUGGCUACGUGGGCGCCCAGCAGUACGGCGGCGGCGCCUUCCCGGUCGUGCACUCGCCCUACAGCAGCGGCGUGGGCCCCGAGCCCGUGCUGGGCGGCCAGUCGGCCUUCACCGUCCCGCCCGUGCAGAACUUCAUGGGGGCGGCGGGCGUCUACCAGGCCCAGGGCUUGGUGGGUAGUAGCAACGGCUCCAGUCACAAAAAGAGCGGGAAUCUGUCGUGUUACAACUGUGGGGCCACCGGUCACCGCGCUCAGGACUGCAAGCAGCCGUCCAUGGACUUCAACCGGCAAGGUACUUUUAGGUUGAAAUAUGCCCCUCCAGCAGAAAGUCUGGACUCCACAGAUUGAUAUUUUUCUCUGGCAACAGAACACUAUUAAGCCAUGGAGACCUAAGGAAAAUUAAAUACAAAACUGAGAAGUCUAGUUGCUGUUGAGCUCAAUAUUUUUAAUCCAAAGGUGCUUUACUUUACUAGACUGGAUAGAAAACCUAGCGUAGGAAUGCAUCAAACUCAGUUUUAUUGCCAAAAUCCUAGACGGGAGCUUGAUGUCAGGACUGGCCUAGUGGGUAUCUCCACUGUGGGUGAAAGUUGGCCACCUCCACCCUUGGUUGCAAUGCAGAGACCUCCCGUCUCCUGAAGAGCAUUGCCGUAAUUGGUCCUUCUAGGCUCACACGUAAUUCCAGGGCAGCUACGUGAGGUUGGAAUCGAGAACUGAAGGUCGGAGUUCUCCAAGUGGAGUUCUACCAGUCGGACUCUUGACACCCCUGGUGAGGGAAAAUGUCGCCUUUGUUUUGUUCUGUUCUGUUCUGUUUCGUUCUUAAAGUGGUUAGGCACUAAUCUCUGGGCUUUUUAAGGAUUGCACUACCGAAGAAUGUAAACCGAUGUCCAUCUCUGCAGUUCUGGGAGACAAGCUCCCUGAGACCAGUCAGUGCAAGACGCUCAGAGAAUCCGUUCUUAGAGUCCGCACCAGCAGGCUACAUGAUUUAGUACACAACAGAGAUUUUAGUAUUUCCUUCCCUCCUUAAAAGCACUUGUAGCAGUUUCAGGGUUUUUUUUUUUUUUCUUUUU